AUGACGCCUGAGAGCUCCGGCCCCCAGAACCCCAGCUGCCACAUCAUGACAUUCUACCCAACCAUGGAGGAGUUUAUGGACUUCAACCAAUUUAUCGCUCAGAUGGAAUCUCAGGGUGCACACCGAGGAGGCCUGGCCAAGGUCAUCCCACCCAAGGAGUGGAGGGCCAGACAGAGCUACGACGACAUGGAUGACAUCUUGAUAGCCCGCCCCCUCCAGCAGAAGGCCUAUGGCGGGGCAGGUGUCUUCACUCAGUUCCACAGAAAGAGGAGAGCCAUGACCCUGAGACAGUAUCGCCAGCUGGCCACCAGCACAAAAUACCAGACCCCAGCGCACCUGACUUUCGAAGAGUUGGAGCAAAAGUACUGGAAGACCCGUGUCUACGAUGCCCCGAUCUACGGCGCUGGCAUCAGCGGCUCUCUGUUUGAUGAAAACACGGCACACUGGAACCUCAGGCGCCUGGGCUCGCCUCUGGACCUGCUGGCGCAGGAGUGCGGCGUCGUCAUCGAGGGCGUCAACACGCCCUACCUGUACUUUGGCAUGUGGAAGACCACGUUCGCCUGGCACACGGAGGACAUGGACCUGUACAGCAUCAACUACCUGCACUUCGGGGAGCCCAAGACGUGGUACGCGGUGCCCCCGGAGCACGGGCGGCGCCUGGAGCGCCUGGCCGGGCAGCUGUUCCCGGGCAGUUCCCGCAGCUGCCAGGCCUUCCUGCGGCACAAGGUGGCCCUCAUCUCGCCCAGCGUCCUGCGGCAGAACGGCAUCCCCUUCCGCCGCGUCACUCAGCAGGCUGGCGAGUUCAUGGUGACCUUUCCUUACGGCUACCACGCGGGCUUCAACCACGGCUUCAACUGCGCCGAAGCCAUCAAUUUCGCCACCCCGCGCUGGAUCGACUAUGGCAAAGUGGCCUCCCAGUGCAGCUGCGGGGAGGCCAGGGUCACCUUUGACAUGGACCCCUUCGUUCGUAUCCUGCAACCCGAGCGCUACGAACUGUGGAAACGCGGGCAAGACCGUGGCGCUGUGGCCCUCCCGGAGCCCAUGGGCCAAACAAGCCAGGAUCCACACACUAGCCGGGAGCCAGGCACCAGCCAGCCGCUUCUCACCAGCCAGGGGCCAAGCCUCAGCCAGGAGCCACGCAGCAGUGAGGAACCUCACAGCAGCCAGGAGCUUCUCACCAGCCAGGGGCCAAGCCUCAGCCAGGAGCCAGGCACCAGUGAGGAGCCAUGCAGCAGCCAGAAAUCACGCCGCUGCCUGAAGCCGCGCCCCAGCCACGCGUUGUGCACCAGCCAGGAGCUGACGGCCUGUAGGCAGGAUCGCGGGCUCUGGAGGGCUGCCCUGGGCCUCAGGCAGCUUUCCUCGCCCCAGGCUAGGUCCACUGGGCCUGUGCCGGCCUCUGGUAGCACCCGUCGAGCUGCUCCUGUGGGCCCCGGAUCUCAGUUGGCUCUGGGCCACAGCAGUGAUGUCACACUGCACACUGACGUUCGCAGGUCCAGGCAGCCCGACCUGGCCUGGUUACCGACUCCAGCUCUGUCUGCCGAGGCUGUGUGCCUGUCAGCUGCUAGACCUGGUCAUGUGGCCCCUGACCCUCAGAACCUGUAA